AUGGCAGCUUCGCUCCGCAAUCUGCGGAAUAAUCCUUACUUUCUCUUCGUCCGCCUACCGUAUCUCCUAUCUUUCCUCUGCAUCGUCUCCGGCGUCAUCUGGCUCUUCCUCCUGCCCCUUGACGACUAUUCGCGCAAAACAUACAUCUCUGAGAACGCGCUCCUGCCGGGACAGGUCCAUGCAUAUUUUGCAGGGAGCGAGCAGAACGUUUUUCGUGGGUAUAAGAAGGAGUUAGAGGGGCUGCUUGAUGGACAUGGUAGCGAUGGGGAGAAGAAGAAGAGUGAGGAGCGGACGCAGGUGAUCUCGGAGAAAAUACAAUCGAUUCUGAUGGCUAGUGGUCUGAAGGUUGCUACGCAGGGCUACGAGUAUAAGUCUUCGGGAAUCACGCACCAGGGGGAGAACAUCUAUGCUAUUAUUCAAGCACCGAGGGGAGAUGCGACAGAGGCGAUUGUGCUUGUCGCAGCUUGGAAGACUAUCGACGGGCAGUUGAAUCUCAAUGGCGUCAGCCUUGCGUUGACUCUUGCUAGAUACUUUAAGCGAUGGUCUCUCUGGUCCAAGGAUAUCAUUUUCGUAUUCCCCCCGGAUAGCAAAUCUGGAACACAGGCAUGGGUCGAUGCAUACCACGAUAUGCAACCGCCUACCGUCCAGCCUUUGCCUCUAAAGAGUGGCGCCUUACAAGGUGGCCUGGCAAUCGAGUACCCCUUCGACCACCGCUUCGAGAACCUACACAUUAUAUACGACGGUGUGAACGGCCAACUUCCCAAUCUGGAUCUCUUUAACACGGCCGUCUCGAUCGCUGGCGGGCAAAUGGGCAUUGGGACCCGUCUGCAAGAGAUGUGGGACCAUAACGGCAGCUACGAAAAGCGACUGCAAACUAUGUUGAGGGGAAUGGUUAAGCAGGGCCUGGGAUACGCUGCAGGUGCGCAUAGCAGCUUUAUGCCUUACCAUAUCGAUGCAAUCACGCUCCAGACUCAGGGUAAUGGCUGGCAGGAUGAGAUGGCGCUCGGUCGGACCGUGGAAAGUCUCUGUCGCAGUCUCAAUAACCUGCUGGAACAUCUGCACCAGAGUUUCUUCUUUUAUCUGCUUAUGCAAACUCAUCGAUUUGUCAGUAUCGGCACUUAUCUCCCGAGUGCGAUGCUCAUUGCUGGGAACUUUACUAUCAUGGCCAUUGCGUUGUGGCUGCGGACUGGAUAUUACAAGGACUCAACUCAAGCCGCCACUGUGUCAGCGCGUUUGGUUCGGGACGAGAAUAUAACUACAAGUGAAAGUGAAAAGGCACAACUCGCAAGCAAGGAUCGAAACGAAACAGCUCCAACGACAGGCAAUCCGGCGACUAAAGCUGCAGAACGUCAACUCGCCCUCCCGCUUACCCUCAUUAUCGGUCUGCACCUAAUAGGCCUUAUCCCUCUGUAUAUCUUCAACAACAUCUCCCACGAUAAAUACACCCUCGCUACAUACACGUCCAUCGCCAUAAACGCUAUCCUACCCAUAUGUCUCUCCUUCAUCCUCUCCCGCAUCACCACUCCAACUCAGAUUUCGCACCAACUCCAUCUUAUCAAAUCCCUCUCUCUCCUUCCCUUAGGCCUCUUCCUCUCAACCCUGGCAACUCUCAACUUCUCCUUAUCUUUCAUGACAGGCCUCCUCUGCACCCCGUUAUCAUUCAUGCACAUCUUCGACGCGAAGACAAAGCCAUUCGUCCGAUACACAUUAUCAGCGUUUGGAAUGGCAUUCCUGAAUGUUAUAUCCCCGCCUGUGGUGUUACUUGUGGGCUUCCUUACAGAGGCGGCGUUCGGGUGGGAUGUUUGGGGAAUGUGGACGCAGGUUGUUGUUUGGUGUGUUUGGUGGCCGGCUUGGGUUGUCGGGGGUGUUGUGUUGGGAGGUGGGCUGUUUAGCUAG